AUGAGGGCUUUAAUCUCACCCCCAUUUCGGCCUUUCCAGACGCGUUUACUGCUUUCUCAUCUUCAUUCCACUUCCACCAAAGCCAGACAAACUCAGCAUGACCAAAAUCAAAUUCGCGGCUUUUUCUGCACAGCUGUUAUGAUGUCUCACUCUCCCAAAGAUGGCGAUUCUUCGCAUCACCUUUAUGAGCCCAUCGAAGGAGCGGAAAAACUGGAAAGCUAUCGCGUGGGAGGUUAUCACUCUAUGACUAUCGGUGAUCAUCUUCACAAUCGCUAUCAAGUGGUUCAAAAACUUGGUCACGGUACGUAUUCGAUGAUCUGGCUAGCCCGAGAUCAAAAGAUGGCAAAUAUGUCGCUAUCAAAGUGUGUACUGCGGAUUCGAACCCACUUGAAUUCAACGUCCUUUCGGAACUUUCUAACUCGCAACAAAGUUCAAGCAAUAGCCUAG